UUGGCAAAGAUGAUCUUUAAAUCUAAAUAUCCAGAUAUAACAAUUCCUCAAGUCGGAAUUUAUCAAUAUGUGACUAGUAAUCCAAACAAAAUUCCAGACGAUAAGGAUAUUUACGUGGACGGGAUUACUGCAACUGAAUUAUCUUAUCAACUAAUCGAUUCAGGUGCAUCAGUUUUGAUCGUGCAUCCAGAACUUCUUGAAAUCGCUAUUGAAGCUUCAAUUGAUGCAAAAAUUCCCACCUCCAGGGUAAUGUUGUUUGGUGAUAAAGAAAUAAAAGGAUAUAAACCUUAUCGCUCUAUUUUAAUCGGUGAUCGUGAAAUUGAACCGAUUUAUUAUACUCCUGAAGAAGCAAAAUCAACGACUGCUUAUUUGUGUUACAGUUCUGGAACAACCGGAAAGCAAAAAUGUAUCGAACGUACUCAUACAAACGUAGUUGCUCAUUUGGCUCAAAUAAUUAUUGCAGGUUGUAAACUUGGACCACACAGUAUAAUUAUGGGAACCACACAAUUUUGCCACGGUUAUGCGUUGAAGGUUAUUCUUCAUGGGGCCUUAAUUCAUGGUGCUACAGCAAUCAUUCAUUCAAGCUUCAAUGUAAAAACGUUUGGUGAAUCAAUUCAAAAAUUUAAAAUUAACUAUAUUUAUGCUGCUCCGCCAACUAUACUUAAACUUGUCAAUGAUCCACUGGUUCAACAAUUUGAUUUAUCAAGUGUUGAUAUGAUUAUAAGCGCUACAGCUCCGUUAAAUGAUAAAUUGAAAAGAAAAUUUUAUGAAAUGUUUAAAAUACCAAUUUUUCAAGUUUAUGGCCUUACCGAAACGUCUAUGAUACUUCAUCCUGAUACAACGAAGAAUGCAGUUCCAAGUAUUAUAUCAUUAAAUGAUGGG